CGUCGUCCAUCCUUUCAGCACCCCUUCCUUGUCGCAAAAAUCCGCGUUUUUGUCUCCUGACAUGUCGCACUAGUGACAGCGUCACUCUGACUGGACUCACACUCACCAAAUUUACCGUUUAUCUCGAUCAAUGGCCAGCGGCUCCCCAGGAUUAGUGCCGUCCGCUCAAGAGGCCGCCCGAUACAUCCAGAACCUCGCAGACACCGAGCCCGUCUACGAAUCCCCGAUUAACAUAAACAUCGCGAAAACCAUCGAGAUCGAGCUGCCGCCACUAAUCUGGCACAACCUGGAACUGCCCCCGAAAAAAAUGAAAAUCACUAACACGGGAUACACAUUAAUACUGAGCGCCAAAUGGCACCAGGAAAGGCCGUAUAUUUCCGAAGGACCGCUGCUUGGGAAUUAUGUUUUUUCACAGUUGCACUUUCACUGGGGGAAGAACGACUCGGAGGGGAGUGAGCACACGAUUGAUGGGGCGAAGUACCCGGUGGAAAUGCACGCUGUGUUUUUUAAGGCUAAUUAUUUGACACAAGAGUCGGCCCUGAAGGAGAAGGACGGGAUUGUGGUGCUGGUUUACAUUUUUAAGCUGCAGAGCGGCAAAAACUCCGCCUUCCAAGUCCUCAUCAAUGACGUGCUCUCCGUCCAGAAAGCCCACUCGUCCCUAAAAAUGAACCCUUUGCCCCUCCACCACUUCAUGAAGAAAUUCGAAAAAGACUACUUCCUAUACUGGGGCUCAGUCACCACCACCGUCUGCCUGCACUACGUCCUGUGGCUGGUCUCCCGAGAACCUGUCGGGAUUUCCACCGAACAGGUGGAGGAGCUGCGCUCCAUGCUGGACGCCAACGACGAACCCCUCCAGGGUAACUUCCGGGACGUCCAAACCGAACCCAGGAAAGUCUUUCACGCCUGUCCCUCGGGUUCAAAGUACGCGACUCUGCUAGCUUUGCCGUGAAUGAAGACCGUUUAAACUGUAUUUAUCUCUCUUUAUUUAGACAUGUGUAAAUUCUCUAAUAUGAAGUCUAAUAUAUACACUAUAUUGCAUUAUACAA